UAGCCAGGAAAGCGCGGGUGACGGGGGGGGCAGGGAGGUUGGCUCACUCUACCUGCUGUCUUCUGAACGCGGGCUGAGCAGUCAAAAAUCCCACGGCGGCGAUGGAAUGCUAGCACCUCCAGAGUUCUAUUUUCGAACAUUUUGUUGCCUUUUCCUUACGGACGCAACGCACCGACAAGACGAAGAUACAGCAAAAUAGGGACUUUGCCUUGGGCGCUGGGGCUGGCGUGGGGGUGGGGGUGGUUUACCUUCCUUGCCAUCGUCCUUACUCUACUCCUCAUGUCAGGAUGCUCACAGAGAGGAUUACCCUGGCGACCGAGUGGAAGAAAAUGAUCAGGUUUGGGCUCUGGACUCACGGGGUCGAGUUGUGUUGCAGCCCAAUUGUGUGUGUUUCCCCUUAAAAGACAAAUCAAUCUCUGCAGGACUGAAGAAGGGACUGACUCUAUUCCUCUUACUUCCCCAGGCCGCUGGUCCCACUGCAGAUCUAUAUCUAAGAAGAUCUCAUAUUGGCUGGCAAACACACCCAUUGCUAAAGAAGCUAGGGGAGGGGAAGGGCCGUGGAUGCAACAAUUGAGAGAAGAAUGAAAGUUUAUUGGGCGCGGCUGCCGCUUUGAUUUAAAAUUGCUCAGGUUGAAAGCCCCGCAGAGCUCUGGCUUCCGUGCUUUAUGGACGCCUCUCUUACUCCCGCACUCGUUUGGGAAUAGAGUGGGAGGGGGAAGGGCACCCUUGCAGCUUUCAUAGUAAGGCGGACACAGUUGGAUGGUUUUUAGAAAGUGCUCCAGUGCUUACUGUUUUCGAAAGGCUCGAAAGAUUUGGAACAUCUUCCUGCCCUCCCUCAUCCUUUUCUUCUAUCUCGACUCCAGAGCCUCAGAGAUUUCCUGUGGGACACUGGGAUAGCAGGAGAAAGACGACUUGCUAACUUAUUCUUGGGGUUCCAGAAAGAAGCCCUUUUGGUGAAGGCAGCAUCUCACCAUGAAGAAGGAAUCUAAAGCUGGAGGAAAUGGUCUCCGAACCUGGCAUUGAGCGCCCACCUUAACAGCCAUUCUCGUUUCCAAUCAAUAGUUCCCCCGCAAUGAGUACCUUAAAUAGCCAGCACCAUGUAUCGUGGAAGUAAAGGCCACUAAAGACGGAGAUGACUCUGUUUUGAGAGCCGGUUGGAGUGAACAAACAGCUGCUUUUUUAAGGGACAGAAAAGGGGAAUAUGGAGGACUUUACCACUAGGACCUAUGGCACCAGUGGCCUGGACAACAGACCUCUAUUCGGAGAAACUUCGGCAAGGGAUCGUGUCAUUAACUUAGUUGUUGGCAGCUUGACAUUCUUGCUGCUCCUGGUAACUAUGAUCAGUGCUUUUGUGUUCCCUCAACUACCUCCAAAACCACUGAAUAUAUUUUUUGCUGUUUGCAUCUCCUUGAGUUGCAUUACUGCCUGCAUACUUAUCUACUGGUAUCGACAAGGAGAUUUGGAACCGAAAUUUAGAAAUCUAAUUUACUAUAUCUUGUUUUCUAUCAUCAUGUUAUGUAUAUGUGCCAACCUGUACUUCCACGAUGUGGGGAAGUGAUGCUGCCAAUGAAUAAAACCAAGACUGUUCUCAGCUAAAAAUUAGUACUCUGAACAGGAAUUCUGGGUAAAAUAAACUGAAGAUGAAGCAAGAUUGUGCAGGAAUUCAAUACAUGAUUUUCAUGUUAACUGCAAAUCUAAAUUCCCUCUUGUUUGGGAGCUAAGAUGUGACAUUGUGCUUUUCCUUUUUAAAGAGCUGAUGUUGCACUUAUGAACAUUCCACAUAUAUGGAUUCAGAAUGGCACAAGUUAUUUCCACUUUUGAAAUCUUUUUUUUUUUUUUUUACAAUCUACUAUAGCACGGGGAGGGGGUUAUAUAACAAACAACAUCUUAGAGCUCUAAGACAAAUAUUCUUUUAUUUCUGUUAAACUGAAUAUACAAUUAUUUUGUUCCCUAUGCAACCAACCAUUGCUUGUAACUACAAUUUCAUUUCACAUUAACAAAAAAAAGCACAUUAGAUGGUAAAAAGACAAAACUCUGAUUGUGAAAAUCUAAUUACAAUAAUAAAUAAAAUAAUUUAUACAAGG